UUUAUAAGAUAUUUUUUGUUUCGCUUUUUAGCAUACUUGUCUAUUUUUUUACAUGCGUCAUCAUAAAAAAUAAUUUUAAUACUUAGCGUAAAAAGUGACAAAACAAAUCACUGAGAUAAAAAAAAGUAGCAGAAAUGAAACGACAUGAGUUUUCGCUUUCAGGCGCUCUAAAUACAUAUAUUUUACCGAUUUCAGUAACAACAAGUCAAACAUGUUUAUUAAGUGAAAAUAUUGUGUUUGAAGCUGGGUUUGAAUUUACAGUUUUGCAACGAAAAAAUGUAAGGCUCCUAUUUGGAACGGACUGGCACGGAAAAACAUUUCGAUUAAACACAGAAAUGUUAAACGAUCUUUACGUUGACAUUGUAGAUGAAUUUUAUCCAAAGAAUUUAAAAGAAAUCCAAGAAAUCAUUCCAAACAUAAGUUACAUUCUGUGUAAAACAACUAAAAGCAUAGAAUACUUUAGAAUAAGUAAACUUGAAACAUUUUCAGAUCUUGAAAAAAUAGUUUUGAUAACUUGCGGGGGUCAAACUAUUUAUCAAUCUCUAGAUUCAUUGCUAAAUAAAGACCGCUUUGUAUUUGUUCAUUGUAAAAAAACCACAAGUUUUAUAGAGCUUUUAUCAAACAAUAUUGAAAAUGGAACAGUAAUAAGGUUUAAUAAUUGUUUUGAUCGUCAAAUUCCUACUGGGACCGUUGUUAUAAAUGGUGUCUACGCGCACGACUCUAUCUUAAUUGUAAGCAAGCUUUUAGGUAAUCAUAAUAAGCUCCUUUAUCAAAUUUUCUUACUUGAUUCAGGUAUCAAGGUUUUUAUUUCUGAGAAACCUUUACCAUUAGAAGUUGUUGAUUUUGGAAACUUUGAUUCAACUACAUAUAUUUCCAGAAUAAAGGCAAUUAUGUUUUCCGUUUCUUAUGACAUUUAUUCUCCUUUAUUUUACGGACAACUUAUUGUGGACAUUUCAUUUAGAAAUGAGGCUAAAAAAGACGAAGAAGAUACCAAGAGAGGAGCAAAUAAUAAUAAUGAAGAAGAUACUGAGAUAAGGGCGAAAAACAUUAGUAAUUUAAACGGUUUAGAAGAGAAAGUAGAAAACAAUGUACAAAAUGUUAGUCGUCCAACAUCUCUCUUUUCGUCUUUAACAGCAAACAAUUGCUUAACUAAACAGUCAAUCAAUAGUUCAUUUUAUAAAAUUGAAGAAAUUUCACCAUUUGAAAAUAUUUUUGAACUUUCAGAUAGCAAAAGUAAUACAAAAAAAUAUAAAUACAAACUGAGAGAACAAGCAAUACAACAAAAAAAUUCUAAUGAUGAUUCUGGCAUUGAUUCACCUGAUGCUAAUGAAGUUUUUGAACAAUUAUUGGCUGACUUUACAUGUAACGAUAAAAGUUUUGAACAACAAUGUCAUAAUUUAAAUAAAUAUGAAAAUGAUCUAACAAAAUCCAAAAGUGAUGAAAUAAAAGAAUAUUUGAAAAUAAAGCAUUCAAAAAGUGAUACAAGUUUAAGUGAUACGAGUUCAGAUGAAAAUGUAAACACUUCAAAACUACUUGAAGCAAGUUAUACAACCUACAAUGUGUAUUGUAGUGUAGACUAUUCUUCCGUUAAACCAAGACAAUUUUCAAGUCUUAGUCAAAAAAAAGAGAUAGAAAGUUUAGAGGAAAUCAAAGCAUGCUCUAUUAAAGAUAUAGAAAAAAGGUUACAAAAAUUACAACUGAGUAAAUUUGUUAAUAAAUUUAGACAGCAGAUGAUUAAUGGUAGACUUUUAGUUAAUUUAACUGAAAGUGCACUUAUAGAAAUGGGUUUCUCGCACUUUGAAGCACGAAAGUUACACAACUACGUACACGGGUGGAGAGUAAACAUACAAAAUUGCUGUGAAAACCUAGAAGAUGCGCCAGUAACAAAUUGGUCAGUUUACGACGUAAAAAAAAGUAUGAAAAAAAUAAAGUUAGAUCGCCUAGGAGCUUUUGCUAUUAAAAACCAAGUUGACGGAAAUUUGCUUGAAGAUCUUAUUAGAAAUAACUAUAUCAAAACAUUAAAAAAAGAUUACGGCAUAAAGUUAUCAAUUGUAGAAACUGAACGAUUGCGUGGUUAUGUAUACAAGCAAUUAAAUUAUAAAGAUUAAAAAAACAUGGUUUUUGAAUAAAAUCACGCGAAGCAAACUAUUAAGAUAUAAAUAGCAUAUAGUCAGUAUAAAUUCUUUAGUUUAAUGUAGAAAUAUACGAGAUAUCAAUCAUAUUUUUUUCAA